UCCUGACCCAAGCGGGGUGGGGCUGAGCCCCCCUCCCCCGGGAGGGGAAAGGCCGGACCCGGUCCGAGCUGCCCUUUUCCUCCCCGCCAGCCCUCGUUCCUCUGCUGCAGAAUCGGUGCCUCUCGCGGGAGGAAGGAAGAGACCCGGUGGGGCUUGGGGGCAAGGGGUCCUCGUGCCCACCCUUGGCUUCUUGGAAGAGAGUGCGGGACACCCCUUCCUUCACCCUUGCUGCACCCUGGCUGGAGGGAGGAGAAGUGCCAUCGCCAGGCUUCGGCCAGCUGCCGCGUUGCGUUCUCUCUGGGGUAGGGCUAACGGCCUUCCUGAGACACAGCCCCACCGCAAGACCCCAGGGGACGAUGGGCUUGCUGAUCCACAGCCUGGUCUGCCUGCUGGGCACCGGUUCUUGGGUGGCCGUCAACGGGAUCUGGGUGGAACUGCCCCUGAUGGUGCCCAGCGUCCCUGAGGGCUGGCUCCUGCCCUCCUGCCUGACCAUCAUCAUCCAGCUGGCCAACGUGGGGCCCCUGGCCAUCACCCUGGCCCACCGCUUCCAGCCCGGCCGGCUGGGCGAAGUGGGCAUCAUCUACGCCAUCCUCUGCCUGGGGCUCCUGGCAUGUCUUCUGCUAGCCGCCUUCUGGAGGGAGACCAGCGUAGUGGGGGGCUCCCCCCGCAGCACGGCCCUCCUCAGCCUGCUCUUCUUCCUCGCCCUGGUGGACUGCACCUCCUCGGUCACCUUCCUGCCCUACAUGCGGAGGCUUCGGCCCCGGUACCUCACCACCUACUUCAUAGGGGAGGGCCUGAGCGGCCUCCUGCCUGGGCUGAUGGCCCUGGGGCAGGGUGCAGGCACCUUCCGCUGUGCCCAGAACACCAGCCAGGGGGGCAACGGCACGGGGCCCGGGCAGGCGCAGUACGAGGAGGGCCGCUUCUCUGUCACGGCCUUCUUCUCCUUCCUCGGGGGCAUGAUGGCCCUUUGCCUCACUGCCUUCGUCCUCCUGAACCACCUGCCGACCGCCAAGAGAGCGAGGGCCAAGGAGGAGCCCCACCGUGCGGGAGGCAAUGCCGGGGCCGCCAAGGGCAAGGGAGUGGCCCCGGACGAGCGCCCCACCAGCGGGGCCUCCCUCUCGGGCUCCUUCUGCUCCGGCACCUACUCUUGCUCCCAGGUGGCCUACAUCUUCGGCCUGCUCUCCUGGGUCAACGCCCUGACCAACGGCAUCCUCCCCGCGAUCCAGUCGUACUCCUGCCUGCCCUACGGCAACCUCACCUACCAUCUCUCAGCCACCUUGGCCGCCUUGGCCAACCCGCUCGCCUGCUUCCUGGGGAUGUUCCUGCCCAACAGGUCUCUGGUGCUGAUGGGUCUCCUCUCCUUGGCUGGAACUCUCCUGGCCUGUUACAUCAUGGCCAUGGCCGUGCUGAGCCCUUGCCCUCUCCUGCGGAACGGACCCCUCGGUGCCAUCCUGAUCGUGGUGUGCUGGGUGCUCUUCAUAGGCAUCCUUUCCUACGUCAAGCUGAUGAUCGGAAUCAUCUUGCGGGACGAGGGCCACAGCGCUCUUGUCUGGUGCGGGGCGGUGGUGCAGCUCGGCUCCAUGGUGGGGGCCCUGGCCAUGUUCCCUUUGGUCAGCAUCUACAACCUCUUCCGCUCCGGAGACCCUUGUGGCACCACCUGCUCGGACUAGAGGUGUUGUGGGAAGAUGGGUGGCUGGCAGCCCCUCUUGGCUGGCGGGAGAGAGCCUGUGCCAGGCGCUGCCUACGAGGGGCGCCCUGGCUUCUGCAGGGCCAGUGACGCAGAACAUGCUUGGCACCUGGGUUCCAGGACCCUGGACGUGUCAACCCGAUGGCGCAGCAGAAGUUCCAGGACCCCUUAGCGUGCCAGCCCCCCUCCCCCAAAGAGGCUGCCGGCUUUACCUGUCUAGGCACAGUGAAACGAGAUGAACCCGUGUGUGUGUACACAUUUUCCGGCUCUCCCUGUCUCUUCUCACCUGGAUGUCAGCUUCCUUUUCAGUUCAAGGAGAGCAAAGGCUGGAGAGGAAACCCCACACCGCCAAACCCAAAUGGAGAGCGAGUGGGAGGCUAAGGAGG